AUCGCUUCUUACAUAUCUCAAUAUGUAAGAAGUGAUAAACAUGUAGGUGCGUUAAGGGCAUCUUAUCAGAUGUGAGUGCUUCUUGCUUGCCCUCUUGGAUUGGUGAGGCGCCAGGAAAUGUGCUCCACAGCAAAAGACAUUAGAGUAGUGUGUGGGGUUUGGACUUUGGCCCCCGCUGGGGCCAGAGCAUAUUUAUUGGCUGCUGCUGCUCGUACACACUCGUGUGGCGUGAUCUGUCUAAUGAGUGAUCCAGUGCUUGCAGUGCCGUGGCUCAGCACCAUGGUAGACAUCCCCAAUCCAUUUAGCCCAUUGCCUUCAGCAGGAGAAAUAGGGUUGGACAGCCCUUUGUGUGGGGAGUUAAUCAAGGAAAUGGAGGAGCUUGAGGACAUCUCCCGAUCUUUCAGUGAUGACGCCUUCAACUUGCUAUACCUGCCUGACUUUCAGGAAUCCAGCACUAAUUCCAACAGCUCUGCUACUCUCGAUGUUUUGAGUCCAGCUUCUAGUCCAUCCUCAGCAGCUUGUGGAACAGUCACAGGGCAGGAUGAGAUCAACCCCAGCCCCUUAAAUCUUGAGUGUCGAGUAUGUUCUGAUCGUGCUUCAGGCUUCCACUAUGGAGUGCAUGCCUGUGAGGGUGUAAGUGUAAUAGAUUAUUUUAAAGGCUUCUUUAGGAGAACCAUACGCCUGAAGUUAGAGUAUGACAAGUGUGAGCGCAACUGUAAGAUCCAGAAAAAAAACAGGAACAAGUGCCAGUAUUGCCGUUUCCACAAGUGCCUCGCUGUCGGCAUGUCCCACAAUGCAAUUCGUUUCGGAAGGAUGCCACAGUCCGAAAAGCUGAAGCUUAGAGCAGAGUUGCAGAUCCCUGAGAAAGAGGAGAAAAAAAUGCAGCUGGAUGACUGGAAGACUCUUGCCAGCCAAAUCCAUGAGGCCUAUCUUAAACAAUUCUACCUGAACAAGGCUAAAGCACGAGCCUUUCUAACUGGCAAGACCAACACGCCGCCUUUUGUCAUUCAUGACCUGGACACACUACAGCAGGCACAACCUGUUCUGGUCACACAGAUGCUGAGUGAGGGAAGGGAAAACUUUGCACUUAGUAUUCAGGGACAGGAAACUGAGGAUCGCCUCUUCCAUUGUUGUCAGUACGUCUCGGUUGAAACCGUCACACAGCUUACCGAGUUUGCCAAGGCUGUGCCUGGCUUCUCCAACCUCGACCUCAAUGACCAGGUGACGCUGUUGAAGUACGGUGUGCAUGAAGCUUUUUUUGCCCUGCUGGCCUCAUGCAUGAACAAGGAUGGGAUGCUGGUGGCACGUGGCAGCGGAUUUAUUACCCGUGAAUUCCUUAAGAGUCUCCGCAAGCCUUUCAGCGAUAUGAUAGAGUCCAAGUUCCAGUUUGCAAUGCGAUUCAAUGCUUUGGAGCUAGACGACAGUGACCUGGCACUUUUUGUGGCUGCCAUUAUCUGCUGUGGAGACCGGCCAGGACUGGGAAACAUUUCGCAUGUCGAUACCAUUCAAGAAAGUAUCGUUCAUGCUCUGCGGCUCCACCUGCAGACCAACCACCCUGAUGACACCUUGCUCUUUCCCAAACUCCUGCAGAAACUAGCUGAUCUUCGGCAGCUCGUAACAGAGCACGCACAGUUGGUGCAAGACAUUAAAGAAACACGGGACACCUCUCUUCAUCCACUACUGCAGGAGAUUUAUAAGGAUAUGUACUGAACAUUGAACUACAGGGUGGGAGUGGGUGGUGUAGCUGAAUGUAAGGUAGCCUAUGUCUAAUUAAAGCCCUCUAUGUUCAGGUCUCCAGCAAGAGGAUUAUCAGAUUAAUGCUAGUGGAUUAACAGUUUAACCGGCUGUUGUACUGUAUGGUUGUGCACUAUUUAUAUAUAUAUAUAUAUAUAUAUAUAUAUAUAUAUAUAUAUAUAUAUAUAUAUAUAUAUAUAUAUAUAUAUAUAAAAUACACACACACACACAUAACCCCAGAGGCCGAACGUGUAGGCCGCAGUUAUGUGCAGUGCCUUUUACACCACAAAAUGUGGAUUUUCUACAGGGAAUGAUAAAGCUAAGUGCAAUAGUUUGCAUACUAUUUGAAAUUUUACUAGUAGCCAGACAUUUAAUUUGUCUUAUUUAAUAGCAUUUGAGGCAUUUAGGGAUAUUUCAUAGAUGUAUGUUGAUAUAGUAACAGGUAAAACAAUAAGCAAAAAUAACAAUAAAAACUGUAUCUCACUUCAUUAACAUGUAGGCCCCACUUUUACCUGUAUAAUCACCUCCAACCUCCUUUAUAGCAUCUUAACACUUUUAGAUCCCUUUAGUUUUCAUAUAUGCUUCAUCUAACUGAAUCUUUAGCCGUUGUUGAUGACAUAUCUGUUGGUUGAUCACAUUUGGAAAUCAUCAUGCCAAAAAAAAUCUCUGUAAAUUAGACCUGAAUCAUUUGCUACACCACAUUUCAUGUUUACUUUUUUCAUUUGUAUGCAGGUGAAUUGUAGAUUUACCUUUUUUCAUUACAACAUAACAUAGGAGAUGUAAACUUUUGCAUUAUUGCACACAACUGUAUGUAUAGUUCUAUCAAAUUGAUGCAAACUGUUAGGACUUGUUUCAGUUAUGACCUGUUUGAGUGAACUAUUAUUUGAUGCCUUUAGAAAGUAGUGUGUGCCACAUGGAAAAUGUUGUCAUUUCAUGCCAUACUAGUAAACAGCCUACCCACACAGCCCUCAUGUAGGACUAAUACCUCAUUAAAAAAAAGCAUAAGAAACAUGUAAAAUAUUUUUUUAUUAAAAUGUACAUAGUGUAUAGCACUCCAGCUGUUCUUAUCAAAGGAUGUUAUUUAUUUUUAGACAAUUAGAAAUCAGUGUCAUUAAAAAGAAUACUUUAUUGACCUAAAAACUGCCAGGAUUUUGUGUUAUAAUAGCACAAUAUUAUUUACAAUUCUGAUCAGUAAUUAUGCAUAAGUAAAGUUGGUGAAUGUUUAUUAAUAUUGUGCAUCAGGUAAUAGUAUAUGUAUAGAUACUCAGGGAUGAUCAGAAUCAGAUUUACACUAGAAUAAAUUCCUUAUUUUAAUACGACAGCAGGUACACUACAAUAUAAGCACUUAUUUUGAGUAAAAUGCUUAUAAUCAUG